AUGGACUAUCUACCCCUGGAGGUGAAGCAUUUAAUUGCUGGAAUAGUUCGCGAUGUAUCGUGGGAAACCCUGCGGGCUUUAUCACAGGUGAACCGCCAGUGGAACCAGAUUACGGCGCCGAGUCUUUAUCAAGAUCUUACUCUCCGCCUGAAGCCGGACGGGCCACCUCACCAUGUGCUUCAGCUGCUUGACGCCACUCACGUCUUGCCGCAUAUCAGAUAUAUCACCCUCGUGGAUCGCACCUCCUCGGACCUACGUGAUAUCAACGUCGGGAAGUAUCUCAAUGAGACGAGCCCCGAGAAUGUCGAUGUCCCUCCCAUACUGCGGGCAUACAAAGGGGACUGGGACCCGAUCAUCUCCCUCCUCCAACGGCUGGUGUAUCUGAAGCGGCUUCAUCUUUUAAUGUACCCUUCAUACCCGCCGGCACUGCUGGAUACCCUAGCGGAGACUCAUCCAGACUGUCACGUGGCCGCUUGGAUCGUCUACUAUGAACAUCCCAAUGGCCGCUUCUACACCGAGCACCCGGAUCGCUUUCUGCGGAACAUUCUCCGUCAAGCACCGCGGAUCAAGCGUCUGACGUUGCAGAUCAGCGCCACGUCGGGCCCCAGCUCCUAUCAGCGAUACACCAAGUGGCUGCAGGCCCAGCCGUUGGAGGACGAUGUCAAUACGCAUCCACGCGCGCAACUGGAAAUGCUUUCAUUCCCGUUGAUAAGCAGGAUGACCGCGCAGAGCCUGCAGGCCUGGUCCGGCGUUACCGAUCUGGGAUAUCUCACCACGUGGACCGCCGGCGCCAUCGAGGAUACUGCUCUAUUAACAACCAUCGCCGAACUGCAACCCUUCCGUGCCCUAAAGCGACUAACCCUCGCCCUGAACUACCCGGAAACCUCUCCCAACUGGCUCCCGGCAGUUAAAGCCAUGUUUGAUGCCCUCCCGCCCCUGACCUAUCUCUGCCUGCUGGGGUCCUAUCACCCGGAAUGGCUCCCCACCGCGAUCCUGGACCGCCACGGCCCAACACUAACCGAGCUGCAGCUGCACAGACCCCGACCCCAGUUUCAGAACUACGAGCUCUACCGACUCGCGCGGAAGGGGCAGAUUGCUCCAAUAUACCCUACAGAUGUGAUCGCUAACAUGGCUGCCUGCUGCCCUGUCCUCCAGACGCUGCGGAUUACCGUGCAACGGUACCGGGGUUACUUAACCGAGACAGCCGCUUACAACGCCCUGGGCCGUUUUCCAGCCCUCCAUACGCUGGACCUUCACCUUAACUGCCUUCCCGUGGUAGUCUCAGGUCAGGAGAGCCCGUUCCCCCCACGGGAGCUCACUGCGUACGAGCGCCAGACAAUCCAAACCUGGCAGGGCAGUCUUGCCAAGUGGACGGUUCGGGACACCGCGAUCAACAGUGCGUUCGACGAAGCGCUAGCUACAGCGAUAUUCACACGCAUCUGGAGCCAGACAAUGGGGAGAUCCCUCCGAGUGCUCCGACUGUACCCCCUCUCGGGCCAGUCUGGGCAGUACCAGGGAUCCACGGGUAUCACAGCCCAUGUGCUGCUCGGAGGCGGGGAUUACCACCAGGAAAUAGGUGGCGCGUGGCAGGUCGAGUGGGAUGCAGCCACCGGGAUGCGAGUGGAAAACCGGUUCAAGUCAAAACGUAAACCGGGCGAGAGGAUGCGAAGUAUGGAUUUAGAGAUCUUCGAGUCUAUGUGGCCGUCGGAUCAAGAAGAAAAGACCUGGCCUAUGAAAUGGUGUAGCUGGCCAUUGCAGUGA